UUUACCAGCUGCCUCACCAAACUUCAUUUCAUAUAUAAACUUUAUAAUUCAAUCUUCCUUUUGAUCCAAAAUUUCCCAACAAAUUAUUGGUAAGUUUUUGUUUGUUACAUUUAAUUUUCAUACAAUAUAUAGGUUUUGAUCUUCAUUUUUCAGAUCAUAAUCAUAAAUAUAAAGAGCUAUGGUUUGGAAAUUAUGGAAAAAGAAGGCAAUUUUAGCCAAAUUUGAGAUAAUUGAUUAUCCAAUUUUGGUCCAACCAUUUUAUGCAAUUUCCAUCACUCUUCUUAGCCUUUUGUUACCUCUAUCCUUCUUGCUCUUAGCAAGGCUAUCAAGUGCUCAAUAUCUCUUGUCAUUAGCCUCGAUUUCGCCUCCCAAAACCUUAAUCUUCUCUCUUUUUCUCAACACUAAUCCAAACCUAAUACAUGCCCUAGUGUCCAUGAUUAGCUUAGCGGCCUUAAUCCACGCGUUAACGGGCCGGAUUAGUCUAAUUACCGAGCUCCCGGGCCCUAUUUUUAGGCCACGUGUCCACGCGGCGUGGAUCUUCCUAUGUACCUUACAAGUGUGUGUUGGGCUAGGGAUUGAGGCCACUAUUAAGGCAGGAGUUGAUGGGGCUGGAUUCGGUGAUGAGAGGUCCAUGUUGAGUAAGUUGGUUUUCUUUUUGGGCCUACAUGAGACCAUGAUCCAUUGGUCUAGGACCAUAGUCAGGCCCGUCGUGGACGACACGAUAUUCGGUAAGGCCCGUCAAGAGAGGUUGCCCGAGAGGUGGGCCCUCGCCGCUUGUUUCGGGGCGUUGUCGUGGUGGCGGUUGAGGGAUGAGGUUGAGUCCUUGGUGGUUGUAGUGGAGGUUAAGAGGGAAAUGAUGAUCAAAGUUGGGUUAGGUGAUUUUCUUGGGUUGUGGUUGUAUUAUUUGACCGUUGCAAUUGGGAUGGCUAGAAUUAUUAAGACAAUUUUAUGGUUUGGUUUGACCAUUUUUAGAAAGAAGGUAAUAGAUCAUCAAGAUUCUAAUAUUGAAUUCAUUAGAGAGGAUGAAGAUAAAGUUUGAUGUAAGUCAAUUGUUUUUCAGACUACAUUUUUUUUUUUUUUAAUUUUGAGAUAAUUUUUUAUAUCCCCUUUAUAUAUCUGCGGGAAGUUGUUCACCUUGUAUAAUGUAUUACACCGAGAAGCUGUAAAUGUAUUAUAAAUGAAGUAAUACAAAUGCAAUUAUACCUUGAUUUCAA